AUGAUGCCAAACAACAAACGACCCGCGAACGACACACCCUUCGGCGGCAGAGAGUCACCUUCGUCUGGUCAAGCAGGAGAUCGAGAACGCGCCAAGCGCCACGAAACCUUGAAGAGGGUGAAAUCUGUUGUCGCAGGAAUGGGCCUCAACGGCGUGAAAGACGAUCGCCACGACACUUUCCAAGCCCCGACAGCGCCACGCCAUCACGUUCGAGCAGGCCAGCCACGUAUCCAACGUUCUCCACCACGUAGACCAGACCGCUGGGUCCCUCCGCAAGCCAGUCUCGGUGGCAGACUCGGCGAGCAGGUUGACAGGCAGUUUGCUGAUCUCGAGAACAAGCUUGCCGAGGCGAAUGGUUACACUCGUUGGCUUGAAACAGAGCUGCGAGCUAGGGACCGCACCAUUCGCGAUCUAUUGGAGACAGAUCAUGGUGAUGAGCUGAAGAAGGAGCAACAUGUCACGACCGACCUUCGAGCCGAGAUCGCCAAGAAGAACGAGGAGCUAUCAGUCAAGAACAAAGCUCUUCUCGAAAAGGACACAAAGUUCGAAGCCAAGCAGAAGCAGCUCAACGCACUGAUGAUGACGAAGGAGAAUGAGGUCGACCAGAAGCUGAAAGCCUUGGCUCAAGUGCGCGAGAUGACUAAAGAGGUGAAGAAGAAUGGUGCCAUGGCGAGGCUGGCCAGUGGCUUGGUCGAAAGCAAUACUCGUGGGGAGUGGAAGCGAAGCGGUGAGAUGAUGGAGGACUUGGUUGCUGCGGUGAAAGAUCAGGAGCCACCGAAGCCACAAGCUGCGAGCAAUUCGAUUGACCUCACGGGUGAAGAUGAACAAGGACCGUACCGAGUGAGUCUGGAAUCAUCGAUCACCAACAGAUUCCGGAGGGACGAUUGA